ACAUUGAAAUCACAUCCACUCAUCGCUUCAUUCGGAACGGCAGUUAAACUCUCCAGUCCCGCCAUGUACAACAACGUCGACGGUAAGACUCGCCAGGAUUUGGAAUUUUUGGAUGUCCAAUAUCGGGCACUCAUACGCGUUGGCCUGGACAUUGGUGCAAUUCGGGGCAAGGAUUUUCUCAACGAUCGUGGAAAAUUCCUUAUCUAUGGCAUCAUCACCACCUAUCUGCAAUAUGGCCUGAUUCUAUUUGCGGUCCACAUCUUCGGUGUGCAGAUAGACAAGGCCAGUGCCGCCCUUUCGAUGUUCAAUCAGGGUUCGCUGCUAAUGUUGAAGGUUUCGAUUUUAAUUUUCAAAUCGAAUCGGUUGUUGAAAUUAAUUUGGGAUAUGAAUCUGCUGGCAACAAUGGCCAAUGAGCCGGAAAGGGAAACCUGGCUGUCGGAAAAUCGUUUUUCGAAGGUCAUUGGAAAUAUUUACUCCACGGCCUGUAUUGCCUCGGUGAUACUCUCCAUAUCCAUACCGAUAAUUUUCAUGAGCUAUGAACACUUCAAGGGUCUGGAGGUGUCGCUGAAACUACCCUUUGAUGGAGAAUUUCCCUAUGAACACCUGGGCAUACCGAUAUUCAUUCUCAACUACAUCCUCUCCGUCAUCUAUGUGUAUACCCUGCUCUGUUGGACGAUUGGCAUUGAUACGCUUUUCGGUUGGCUAAUUCAUGCUGUAUCGGGACAUUUUCGUAUUCUCCGCCUCAAAGUGGAAAUGGCUGCCAAGAAAAUCGAUGAACAUGGAAAUCAUCUCGAUUUCGUCCAGGAUAUUGGAGCCAUUGUGAGAUAUCACAUUAAAACCCUUGGCUUUGUCGAUGCCUUGAAUGAAAUUUUUGGUCAGAUAUUUUGGGCCGAGGUUGCCUUCAGCUGUCUGCAGAUGUGUUUUCUGAUUUUCACCCUAAACAAUGGAUCGGACAAGCGGAUGAUACCAUUCAAUGCCAUGGUCUUCACUGCGAUCAGUAUUCAAAUGAUGAUCUACUGUUUUGGCGGGGAGAAAAUUAAAUCGGAGAAUGAAAUGUUUUGUUUCGAUAUUUAUUCGAAAUUUCCCUGGGAGAAAAUGUAUCCAUCGGAGAAGAGAAUGAUGCUAUUGCCACUGCAGCGAUCCCAGCAGGAUGCUGCCUUGAGGGGAUUAUUUUUUGAGUUGGAUCGCAAUUUGUUGGUCUAUAUUUAUCGCACAGCUUUCUCCUACAACACCCUGUUGGGCGCCAUGAAAGAAUAAUUUAGAAUGGGAGCGAAAAUUUUGUCAAAUCUUUGGAACUUUGAAGUUCACACUUUCACCUGAAGUUCACAUUUGUUUGCUAAUAGAACUUAAUUCAAAUAGUAAUUUGCACCAAUUAGUUCAAUUAGUUUGUAGAAGUGCAGUAGUCUUUUGAUUUUUUUUAGAAUAAAAAAGGUAAAAAAAUAU